AUGUUGAAACCAAUCAGACUUAGCAGAUUCCAUAAGUUUUUAUCACUAUCAUCAUUGUUUCAGUAUCAAUCGGGUUCUUUGUUAGCAUCCAACUUUUUGAACAAGAAGUUCCAUUCUUCAUCAUUAAGAUAUCAAAAGGCUGAUGAUGCUUUAGCAAAAGCUAAAAAUGCAUUGAAUUAUCAGUUUUACACUGCUGGUAAUUUCAUUCCUGCUUUAGAAAUGGAGCAUUAUAAUGGAAAUUAUAGAGUUUAUCCAAAUGAAGAUUAUUACUAUAAUAAAACUUUCACUUGUAAUAAAUACAGGUAUAGCAAUAAAAGGUAUUCCGAACUGGUAAAAUAUACUGAUACUAGAGAAGAGAUUCAUUUAGUUUUUGACAUUGAAGAUAUUAUAAAAUAUGCAUGUGAUAGUCAUGAGUUGUCAGCGAAUUAUAAUGGUAAAGGUCUACAAAUGGAAGAUAAAUCAGAAGAAGAUUAUUAUAGAGCUUGUCUGAUUGUUUUUAAUGAUGCUGACGGUCCAAAUGGGGCUUUAACAUUUGACUUGAAGUUUUAUGCAUCACAUUAUUUAUGGAACGAAAAACCAAGGGUAAGAUAUCAAAGGAUGGAAAUUGAUUCUAUAUCUCACCAUGAAAAAUAUUUUCUAGACAUAGAAUCACACAUGGAAAAUUAUGUUGGUACCAUCAAAAAGGAUGAUAAGAUCUCCCCAAUUUAUGAAAAAGAAUUAUUUGAAGAGCAUAAGUUCAAAAAAGAAUGCUUUAUUAAAAAUAAAAAUUCUGGUAAACAUGGCAACUGUUACACCAUACCGUAUAAACAUGGAAGGGAUGUAGCUUGGUGGAAAAAAUAUGAAAAACCCUUAAAAUUAAGGGAAGAAAAAAGAAAAGCUCACAAUAAGACAUUUCAAAGUUAUAGGAUGCAAAAAUUUGAUCGUUUAGAUAAGAAUACUCAGAAAGCAUUCCAUGAUUACGUAUCAAAUCACUUAAAAAUCAAAGAGCCAAUAUUUGAAAAGACUUUUGAUGAUGCUUUACUCAGAAGAAUCCAAUAUUUUAAAAAGCUUGAAAAGUUCACAAAUAAUCAUACAUGUGAGAAAUCGUUCAACAACUAUAUUGACGAUUUUGAUUAUGAGUACGCUGAAUUUGAUGAUGAAGAAAUUGAUGGAUUAUCAGAAGAUUGUCAAGCCUGUAAAGACUUUGAAACUUUAAAAGAAAAUGAAAAAAGGGAUAUAUAUAUACCCAUAGAUAUUGACUAUAUAGUGGAAAGGCCAUGA